UUGUUGGGCGUCCUCCCCCAGUCGGGGGUCGACAUGUCGGGGCUCAGCCUCCCGGAGAUGGAGGGCUGUCGGGCCCUGCUCGGCCUGCUGGACGACGCCGAGAUCACGGCCCUGUGCGACACCGUCACCGGCCGCCUGGUGCGGCCCGAGCACCGCCACGAUGCCAUCCAUGCAAUAUUAGUGUACAGUCAAAGUGUAGAAGAACUUUUGAGGCGUAAAAAAGUCCACCGAGAAGUCAUAUUUAAGUACUUGGCAGCACAGGGGGUUAUUAUACCUCCAGCUACUGAAAAACACAAUCUCAUUCAGCAUGCAAAAGAUUACUGGAAAAAGCAAUUACAGCUGAAGUUGAAGGAAACUCCAGAGCCAGUAAAGACAGAGGAUAUUAGACCCUCUCAACAGCAGGAAAAAGGAGAUGAGAAAGUUGAUUUCCCUCGAUUAGGAGAAGAGUUCUGUCACUGGUUCUUUGAACUUCUUAAUUCCCAGAAUCCUUUUCUGGGACCCCCUCAAGAUGAGUGGGGGCCACAGCACUUCUGGCAUGAUGUGAAGCUGAGGUUUUAUUACAACACGUCUGAAGAAAACGUGAUAGACUACCAUGGAGCAGACGUUGUGAGCCUCCGUCUGCUGUCGCUAGUGAAAGAAGAGUAUCUGUUUUUCAGUCCCAACCUGGACUCCCGUGGACUGAAAUGUGCUGCUUCUCCCCAUGGUCUAGUUAUGGUUGGAGUUGCUGGGACUGUCCACCGAGGGAACACUUGUUUGGGCAUUUUUGAACAAAUUUUUGGACUCAUCCGCUGCCCUUUUGUGGAGAAUACUUGGAAAAUCAAAUUUAUCAACCUGAAAAUUAUUGGAGAGGAUUCCCUUGCUCCUGGAAAAUUAAUGAAACCAGCUAUUACAUUUGAACCCAGUGAUCUAGAGGCCUUUGAUAAUAUAAUCACUCUAUGUGGUACCAAGGAAGUACAGCUUAAUGUAAGGCAGGCACUGGGUCGUGGGACUGGAGACCAAGCUUUAUGUGGUGGGAAUGAGGCAUUGUUGAACAAAAGAGAAUGGAGUUUACCUAACCUUCUGAAGCACUGAGCACUGUAUGCCAGUCU